AUGCUGCUCUAUCACAACCAUUCGGCCGUUUUCCCAGAGGAAUACAAUGUAUACAAGCUCCCCGCCGCGAACAAGUGGACAUACUGGGUAAUCCAAAGCAAAGGCUCCGACUCAACCUGGUACCCCUUCCACCUCCACGGCCACGACUUCUACAUCCUCGCCCAAGGAGAAGAACGCUACAAUCCCCACACCGUCAAGCUCAUCCGCAAGAACCCUCCUCGACGCGAUACUGCCACCCUGUUCCCGAACGGCCAUUUAAUUAUUGCGUUUGAGAACGAAAACCCCGGCUCCUGA